AUGUGCCAGGCAACCUUAAUAGGCAGCUCCUCCUCCUCCUGCAAUGUCCCCUCCUUAAGAACCACCGCAGACGAAAUCUCAGUCAAAUCGAAACAAGACAACCUCUGCAUCUACAACAUGAACGCCUUGAGUUUCCUGUCACCUAAGAAAAAUCUCACAUUGUGUGGAAACAGGAAGGUGGAGGGUGAACUGGUAACUUCGUUCAAUUCCUCCAAAUUCUUCCUACCUUACUUCCCACCGUAUGGGUUCUUCCCUUGGCCUCAACUGCCGCCAUUUUCUUCCCUGCCCUUUCCUCCUCUGCCUGCUUUGCCAUUUUUGCCCCCAUUCCCAUUCCGGGGCCCACCGUCUUUGCCUUUCCGAUUCCCACAAUUCCCUCCGGCACCGAACCCUUCUGCCCCAAAUGCUCCGCCAGCGUUUAACUUGGGGGAUCCCAGGACUUGGAUUCCUUAUAUCCCCUCAGUUUAUCCUCCUCCUCCUCCGCUGCCUGCGUUCAGCCUUGGAGACCCCAGAACUUGGAUACCAUAUGUUCCUCCUCCGUCCCCUCAUAGGACCCAACAAAACCAGAAUCCUUAG